GUAAUUACAUCUAUCUUUUCUUACUGUGUUAGUUGUAACCACUGAUGACUAUCAAGCAGACCAACAUGACAUGGAAACGAAAUAUAACAAUAAUGGAGGAAAUACCCAAAAAAGACAGGUGCUCUUUUUGGUCCUAGGAAUAGUGUUAGGAGUUAUGCUUCUUGUACUCUUUGUGUUUCUAAUUUUGUGUAUCAUCAGGCAAAGGCAAAAGAAAGAUCUCACAAAAGCUGGUCACGUCUACAGUCGGAGUAAGUAUUUGUCAAAUGGCCAUGUGAUUACUGCAAAUGGACACAUCCCAAGUGAAGAAAUGGUCAAUGUCAGCAUUAAUCCUUUGGUGGAACUCAACACUGAUGAAUCUGUAAAAGCUUUAGAAUUUAGUGAAGUACCAAGUAACAACAAUAUGAGGAACAAGAAAGAAAAAUCUGGGACCUUACUAAGUGAGUGGAAAUAAAUUAGUUGAAGUUUAUUAGCUCAAAUCAAAAUUUCACUUGAAAACUGCUAUGAUGUUAAAAUAUCAUCAAAGGAAAG